UCCUGUGCACGUUUUGCCCUGAUUUCACUAAUUUGAGCUCUCAAACGGCAAGAUGCGAAGAGAACAACUGGGUAAUUUGGCUUAGACAAAUGGAAAGAGCGUAAAAUGAAUAAAGUGUGUGUGUACACACGCACGUAAUUCCUACACGUGAGAGGAAAACGGUUAUGUUAAGUCUGAAAGUUUAUUGCUUUCUAUCUUUCAGGCUAGAAGCGUGUCAGCGUAAUUGGCAAACCUUAGCUAAUGGAAUGCAUUGGAGGAAUAGAAACUUAAUUUUAUAGUAGAUGAGCCUUUCAAAUGGAGGCAUCUGGCUUCUGCUUUCCUGAAAUACAGGAAAGGCGAACGGUUGGGUUUUGUCUGCAAUUUUUGUUUUUUAAUAUACUGUGGCUGACAUUAAAUAUUUUAGUUCCAGAAGGCAGAAUCUGAUCUGGAUUAUAUUCAACACAGACUGGAGUUUGAAAUAAUGAAAAGUCUUCCUGAUAAUCCAGCAGCAGAGGAAAAUCCAGUUGCUCUCUUGGAAGAACUCUCAGUGGUGAAAUCUCGUUAUAAAGCGUUAUGUACGCAGCUGGAAAAAGUUUCCAUAGAGCAGAGAGAAUCCAUGAAGGGCAUCUGUGCUGCUCUGGAGAACACAAUGAAGAUGGUUCAGACAUUACAGCAACAUACUGAUCUUGAGCCAUUUUCUUCAGGAUCUACAGUCCCUGGCUCAACUGAAGUAUCGCAAUUCAAACCAUUGACUGAGGAAACACUUAUGACUGUACCAAGGAGUAUCAGAAGUACUGUUAAACUAGCAGACUUGAACAACUUGUACAGGGAGCUAUUUAACCACUUCAUUGUAAAUAAGAACAGAACAGCAUUGAGCGUUUCGCAGAUGAACAAGAUGAAUAUGAAAGCCACUGACUCAAGAAUACGAAUCUUGAAAGAACUUGCUAUUGUGGAACUUGACAAACAAGGAAAUGUUAAAUCAGUCAUGUAAAUGAAAGCUCGGUCCCUUCUCAUUUGACACGCAAGCAUCUUGGUCAUAGCUCCUGGAUUAUUAAGCAAGUAUUUCUCUGGUGUCUAGGAGUUAUAAGUCCAUUGCUGGAAAGCCGUUCAUCUUUCUGUAUACAAAUUCUUCCUGAAAAUUGGAGGGUUAAAAACCAUCGAGGUUGGUAUUUUAUCCUGGAUAUUUAUAGGACCAUAGUCGAUGCAUUUUUGAAGGGUAUUGUUAGCCAGGGGACGCUUCCAUAUUCUUGCUUACAUUCCUGAGUGGGUUUUAAGACAAAUAACCCAAGCCACUUAAUUGUACUUGCAUUCCUGAAUAAAUGAUAAAAGCUAAGGAGACCAGGACGUAGAUUUAUGACGCUUUUGUUUACGUGACUCCUGACCCUGAGCCCUGCCCUAGCCCCUGAACCUGGGCCCUGACCCUUCUCAUUUUCCUUUGAUGUCAACUGCCUUGGUUUUUUUUUACAGUCCAGCAAAACUGCAGAGGCACA